AUGUCGAGCGAUCCCAACGAUCAACAGCAGUCGGCUGCGGCCGCUUCUGCUGUUCCUGCAUCGUCAGUCGUAGGAGGCUCUGCUGAGCCGCCCAAAAAGAUCCCCAAGGGUGUUGUACUGGGCCCUGAUGGCAAGCCAUGCCGAAGCUGCACUUCUUUCUCCGCAUGGGCUUCUCAAACCAAGAGCACUCUCAAACAAGAUGCCGCAGUAAAGACUCAGCGUCCUCCGUCAGAGUGUCCUCCGGAUGUUGAGGUGCUAGGCAGGAGUACCUGGACGCUGCUUCACUCUAUCGCAGCUCAGUACCCCGAGAAGCCAUCUACUGGUCAGAAAUCAGAUCUUCUGAGCUUUGUUGGUCUAUUCUCCAAGCUCUAUCCAUGCUGGGUAUGUGCCGAGGACUUCCAGGGCUAUCUCAAGCGUGAAGCGCCACAGGUCAACAGUCGAGAUGAGUUCGGCAAGUGGCUGUGCGGCGCUCACAACGACGUCAACCGCAAGCUUGGCAAGCCCGAGUUUGACUGCUCCAAGUGGGAGGAGCGCUGGCGUACAGGCUGGAAGGACGGCCGGUGCGAUUAA